AUGCUUUGGGAACCGGUCGGCAUGGCUGAUCCACCAAUGCUUUACCUUCGUUCGUUUGAAGGUAUUCUAAAUGGAGCCGUCGCCUCUCCCACCGUUUCCCCGACUAGGGUUUACACCAACCGGGGAAGAGGCAGAAGAAAUAGGAGAGUGCUAAGAUUUCCCACCAGAUUAGAAGAAGACACAGAGGCCCAAAAGUUUAUGAAAAAAAAAAGACUUCAAACAUUGAUAACUUCUUUUUAUCCUUCCACCGCUUCAACCUUCUACAUACCUUCCACAGUUCAUCCAUCACUUUCACCGUUUCAACCUUCUACAUACCUCAUCCUUUUCCUUUCCACCUCGUUCUGUAUUUUGAUUAGGGCUCCACUCGAUCUGCUUGACCUCUACCAUCAGCAUACAGCUUUGUCGUCUCCGGAAAAAUUAAUCAAUGACGAGAUGAAAUAUCUAGAUAAAGAAGAUAGAGAAGAAACACGAAGGAAAUUGGUGGCGAUGGCGUUUGUCAUAGUCGGAGAAAAACAGUGA